UUUCUGAACCGAUUAGUUAUGUUGUAACAAACAUUUCAUUUUUUUUAUGUAUAAUGUUGACUUCGUUGUAGAAAUAACACUUUUACACCACUUUUUUUCUAUAUUGUGAAGUAAAAAUAAAAAUUAAUAUGGGUUGGAAUUUUUUUAGAACCAUAAUGAUUUGGACGUCGUUAAUGAACGUUUUCCUACCGAUAACAACUUUGGUGGGUGCUCAAAAUUGCAUCUACGAUCAAGAGUUAUCACCAGGACAAAUUUAUUACGUCUACAAUCCAGAGUAUCCUUCUAAGUACGCUCCCGGAACUAAUUGUAGAUGGUAUGCAAGAAGUCCAAUCGGAACCCAAAUUUAUUUAAGCUGCGAAGAAGUUAUUAUUCCAGCUAGUCAAAAUUGUUACAAUGAUCGCUUAUUGGUAUCAUUAACCGGAAAUACUCAGUUUACGGAUGCCCAAGCAUUUUGUGGAAAUGGAACUUUAUCUUUAAUAUCACAAUCAAAUCUCCUUUCGAUCGCAUUAAUUGCUUCUUAUUAUUCAACUGGUGGUCGAAUAAUGUGUUCAGUUACAACAAUUCCAUCAACAACCACAACAACUCAACGCCCAGAUAGUUGUGACUGCGGUUGGAAACAUGAAAAACGAAUCGUUGGUGGUGUGGAAACCGGAAUUAAUGAAUUUCCUUACAUGGCAGCUUUAUACCAUCGAACAAGACAAUUGAUUUUUUGUGGGGCUACAAUAAUUUCAAAUAAAUAUGUUAUUACAGCAGCUCAUUGUCUUACAACGAGUGAAACAUCAAACUUAAUAAUUUUGGUUGGCGAUCAUGAUCCUUCAACUGGAGUUGAUACCGAUGCUGCUGCUAUAUAUACGAUUAGAGAUUAUAAAAUUCAUGCUAAUUUUGAUGCUGGCACCAGAAAAAAUGAUAUUGCUAUUGUGGAAAGUACGACAAAAAUAGCGUUUUCGGAGAAAGUAGGACCUGCUUGUUUGCCAUUUAAAUAUUCUAAUCGAGAUUUUAGUGGACAAUAUGUAACAUUGUUAGGUUGGGGCCAAGUUGAAUAUAGUGGGCCAACUUCGGAUGUUUUACAGAAAGUUGAUGUUCAAGUGAUGGCGCUACCGGACUGUAGACGAAAUUAUACGUCCGUAACUAUUUACGACACAGAAAUGUGCACAUAUACCCCUAUGAAAGAUGCUUGUCAAUUUGAUUCUGGUGGUCCAGUUUUAUGGGAAGAUUACGAUACUAGGAGAUUGCAUUUGGUUGGGGUUAUAUCUUAUGGAGACGGUUGUGCAGGAAAUACAGCCAGUGUAAAUACUAGGGUAACAUCAUAUAUACAAUGGAUCGUUGAAACGACGCAAGAUGCUCAAUAUUGUAUACGAUAAAAACUAUAAAAGAGAUGAAUUUGUUUUUGAAUUUAAUAAAUCCA